AGUGCUGAGAUACUAAGCGGCUGUGAGUGGUGCAGUUAUAGCGCACUAACAUCGCUAUUGCUCCGUCUGAUAUUCGUAGGCUGCUUUCCCUUUAAAGCAUGACGCAGUUCAAUUAGUGCCCCACUUUGUUGUGUGAGCGGCAGCGGCGGCAGCAGUGAGCAGGAGCGAGCGGGGCUUGUCGGUGCUCACAGCCCUGCCCGGGGACGUCGGUGCUUAGCUGGGCCCUCACCGCCAACAACAUGGAGUUUUUACUGGGAAAUCCGUUCAGCACGCCGGUGGGACAGCGUAUCGAGAGUGCGACCAGUGCCAGCCUGCCGUCAGAAGACUGGGCCCUCAACAUGGAGAUCUGUGACAUGAUCAACAGCUCAGAGGAAGGACCCAAAGAUGCAAUCAGAGCCAUAAAGAAAAGGAUUGUGGGGAACAAGAACUUCAAGGAGGUUAUGCUGGCACUCACUGUCCUGGAGACUUGUGUGAAGAAUUGUGGCCACAGGUUUCACUUCUUGGUGACUUCACGGGAUUUUAUAGAGGGGGUUCUGGUACGGUCGAUCAUCCCGAGAAACAACCCUCCAUUAGUCCUACAUGACAGAGUGCUCGGCAUCAUACAGGCGUGGGCUGAUGCAUUCCGCAGCUCACCCGACCUGACGGGUGUGGUGUCGGUAUAUGAAGACCUAAGAAGGAAAGGACUUGAAUUCCCCAUGACUGAACUGGAUGGUUACUCACCCAUCCAAGCUCCACAAAAGACUUUACCUGGGAAUGGGCCCACUGUCACUACUCUGCCUGCUGCACUCCUGUCCUCCAAACCUCCGCUCGUCCGACCCCAGACUUCUGAGCUAAAACUGGCCCUAGAGGGAAACAAUGCUUUAACCCCCUGCCAGAUAAAAAAGCUGAAGACGGAGCUGGGAGUGGUGAGAAGCAACCUGACUAUGAUGUCAGACAUGAUGAGUCAGCUGGACCCUGUCACGGUAAAACAGGCAGACAUGGAGCUUCUGGAGUUAUACACAGUAUGUAAGGAAAUGCAGGAGAGGAUAGUGAAGAUUGUGCCCAGGCUUAGUGAGGAGAAGCUGAUCGAGGAGUUGCUGGCAACUAACGAUGAGAUGAACACUGCAUUUACUCGCUAUCACAGGUUUGAAAGACGAAUAACCAAUGGACCAAACACAGAGAAGAAGAGCCACACAUAUGUCAACCUGACGGACCUCAGUUUGACAGCUGAGUCUGUCAGCCAGUCAGGGGUUGCAUCAGUCAACAAUGACAGCACACUCAACCAGUCAGAAGCUGACAGUUUGUGCAGUCCGAUGGCAAGACUUAGUACAAGUGAAUCAGAUGACACAUUAUCACAGAAACACAACGUCUCAGCUCAAAAACCAAGCGAGCAGAGUGAAGUGGCAGUGGACGGCCUGGCUCAGGUGCAGGACAGCAGACUGCUUAACACAGGAAGGGAUGGCAGCCCAGCCUCCACCUGCAGCUCCUCACCAAAGUUAGAUUGGAUGAUUAAAAGGGGAAUGAUUCCGAUCAACCAGUCCACUGUCAUGGAUGACAUUGAGAAAUGGCUAGCAUUGGACGAUGAGUAUGAUGACUAUGAAGAUUCAGAUGGUGUGACCAGUGAAGAAUUUGACAGGUUUUUGGCAGAAAGAGCAAAGGCAGCUGAGCGUUUGCCAUCGCUGAGGGCUUCCUCACAGGAUACCAACCACUCCGAGUCUUAAGAUACGCUUAAAUCCUGCCAAACUAACCAUACUCAUGAAGGUCCUGAGCCAUCAGCUGAGAAGUGGAGAUUUCUUUUAGAUCAACGGUUGAGUGGCACUUUUUACAUGGGAAUUACACAGCGUAACUGAGGAAGGACACCAUAGCUUUGUAUGCUGCUCUUUACUCAGGAGCAAAGGUGUUUGUUUUUGUUUUUUUUAACAAAGGUGUACUUUUAACUGAUAAAAAUAAUGUUAUUUGUUGAAGGAUGGAGGCUUUUACUUGACAUAGUUAUGAGGAUUUGACCGUGUGUGGAAUGCAAACAUUUGCACAUUUUAUAUGGUUACAUUCCUGCUGUUGAAAGAGAAAGAGGAUAUUGUUACAGAAAACAACUUUUGGAACAUAGAUUAUGUAUUAUAUUGCUGAUAUAUAUGUUGUCAAACAUGAUGAGGGGUUACAGAAAAUGUCCCUGUCAAAGUAGCAAACACUGUACACUUAAAUGUAAGAGAAGCUCAGCUAUUACAUCAUGGAAUAGUUUGAAUCUUUACAUCAUUGUUGAUGUAGGAUGUGGAAGAAAAUGAAUGAGGUUUUUUAUAUCCAACAUUCCCUUGGAAGAUGUUUCACUUGACAGGAAGUCAUGACAGACUGCUGUCAAAUAUUAAACUAAAACUAUUAACUGGAAA